GUUCGAGUUACAACGAUGGAUGCAGAGCUGGAAUUUGCCAUUCUGCCCAGCACAACUGGCAAACAGCUUUUUGACCAGGUUGUGAAGACAAUCGGGCUGAGAGAAACGUGGUUCUUUGGCCUUCAGUUUCAGGACAGUAAAGGCUACUCCACCUGGCUCAAAAUGAACAAGAGGGUGACAGCUCAAGAUGUAAAGAAGAAUAACCCUUUGUUGAUUAAGUUCAGGGCCAAGUUUUACCCUGAAGAUGUGGCUGAGGAGCUGAUCCAAGAGGCCACUCAACGCCUCUUCUUUCUUCAGGUUAUCAAUCCCUUAUUUUCUUCUUGCCAUUGGAUUGUAUUCACAACCAAACACAUAAAGAGAUGGAUGACUCCAAAGAUCGGCUUCCCCUGGAGUGAAAUAAGAAACAUUUCAUUCAAUGACAAGAAAUUUGUCAUCAAGCCAAUAGACAAGAAAUCCCCGGACUUUGUUUUCUAUGUUCCUCGUCUUCGCAUCAACAAACGCAUCCUGGCGCUGUGCAUGGGCAACCAUGACUUGUACAUGCGCAGACGCAAACCGGACACCAUCGAGGUGCAGCAGAUGAAGGCCCAGGCCAGGGAGGAGAAGAACAAGAGGCAAAUGGAGAGGGCUCUGCUCGAGAGUGAGAAAAAAAAGCGAGAAAAUGCGGAGAAGGAAACGGAGAAGAUUGCUCGGGAGACCAUGGAGCUGAUGGAAAGAUUGAGACAGAUUGAAGAGCAGACAAAGAGAGCUCAAGAUGAGCUAGAGGAGCAGACUAGGAGGGUGCUCGAGUUGGAGAAGGAAAGAACAAGCGCUCAGGAGGAGGCAGAGCGUCUGGACAAGGACCACAAAGCUGCAGUGGAGGCUAAAGCAGCGCUGCUACACGAGUCUGAAACUCAGAGCAACAGCCAGGAAAACCUGGCCACUGAGCUGGCAGAGCUUACCUCUAAGAUCUCCCAGCUGGAAGAUGCCAAGAAGAAAAAGGACGAGGAGACGAAGCGAUGGCAGAAAAGGGCGGUGAUGGUUGAAGCCGAUUUGGAGCGAACCAAAGAGGAGCUGAAGACUAAACUGAUGGGUGUCCAGAUCCAGAACUCAGUCCACCCUCAAAUACUUGAACACGACGAGACAGAUGAGAGCAGUGCAGAGGCGAGCGCUGAGCUGACUUCUCUGUGCAUGGUCCAAGACCGCAGCGAGGAGGAGAGGGUAACCGAGACGCAGAAGAACCAGAGGCUGCAGAAAAACCUCAAGUUCCUGAGCACGGAGCUGGCCAGAGCUGUGGACGAGAGCAAAAAGACCCCCAAUGACCUGAUACACGCUGAGAACGUGAGGGUAGGCCGCGACAAAUACAAGACGCUGCGUCUGAUUCGUCAGGGCAACACCAAACAACGCAUCGAUGAGUUUGAGUCCAUGUGAGGCGCUUCUCUGAUUGCCCACUCAGGCGGAAAGCGGAAUGAGGAUUGAUAAUAAAUUAGAUUUUUUUAGAAGAUUAGGUGAUGUUUUG